ACGCCACGCUCUCGCGAGAUGAGAUUUGUGACGUUGGCAUUAGUUGGCUGGCGGAUGCCGGCAGGACAUUAAACGGCGUUGUGGGACGUUUAAGCCACGAACCAGGACUGAGGUCUGUGUUAAAACAUCGGAUGCACUGUCCUGCGGAAAGCUUGACUGUGGGCGGGAUGCAGUAAUCAACGUGACUUAAAUAUAGGCGUGUAAAUAAGUAGCAAGAAGAACAAUGUCUUAAAUACCCAGGCAAUGGAGGGACUGUUUAUAACCAGCGCCCUCAAGAGCAAUCGGAAAUAAUAGGCCACCAAGAACCCACUUUGACACCGUUACCUCAAGACACCGUAGAAGCUGAAGAAUCCAUUCGAAAGCAGAGUCCGCAGGAGGCUAGUGUUAACCUGAACCAUUGUGAGCCUUCUCAUAGAAGAAUCUCUCAGACCAUUCAUUACAAUGCGUGGUUACACAUGGAAAAUUCCAAAAUGAACACUGGCCAGGUGAUGCAUAGCACAACAAUAGAUACAGGGGGGACAUUUAACAAUAUUAGUGACAAUGAGUCAAGUCACACUAGUUUGCCAUACUGGGAGGAGGCUCAGAAUAUGGCUCCCCAAUCGUGGAUACACAUAAGUUCCAAUGAGGACCUUGUCAGACCAGGAUUUCAGGAGACUAACUCACUUGGCUUUCAGGAUGUACCUCUUCAUAAAAUGAACCACCAAAAAGCAAAUACUCCUACCCACUCCCAUGAAUUCUGCCUCCACACUGCUCUCCAAGAUACUAUUUUGCAGAAGCCUCUUUCCAAAGAUUUAGGUACCCAGUUAUGCUCGGAUGAACCCCAGUCCGAAGAGUUCCCAUUGUUGGUGGAUGCAUUCUCAGUUUUAGGAUUGCAGGAAGAUCCAGGUGGCGGCACAGCCUCGGAUGAUGCAAUCUCAACUUCCCCAAGUCCAGAACCAGGGGAUGUGUUUGAUGUGGUUGCUGCCGAGAACCUACUUGGGCCUGGAAAUCUGAGGAGGGGAGUCAACAUGACAGAAGGGGUGCCAGUGCCAAGCUCAGAGCAUGUAGCGGAAAUUGUAGGAAGGCAGGGUUGCAAAAUUAAAGCCUUGCGAGCCAAAACAAAUACUUACAUCAAGACCCCAGUACGAGGGGAGGAGUCAAUUUUUAUUGUGACUGGCCGGAAAGAGGAUGUGGAAAUGGCUAAAAGAGAGAUUCUAGCAGCUGCUGAGCACUUCUCUAUCAUAAGAGCCACACGCAACAAGGCCAGUGGAAUUCCAAGUUGCACGCAAGGUCCUCCUAACUUACUUGGCCAAACCACAAUACAAGUUCGCGUUCCCUACAGAGUUGUAGGUUUGGUGGUGGGACCUAAGGGGGCUACCAUCAAAAGAAUCCAACAGAGUACUCACACCUACAUUGUAACACCCAGCCGAGACAAAGAACCAGUUUUUGAAGUCACAGGGAUGCCAGAGAAUGUUGACCGAGCACGGGAGGAAAUCGAAGCACACAUCAGUAUGAGGACAGGGACUAUGGUAGACAUUCUUCCAGACAAUGAUUUUCACUCCAAUGGUACAGAUGUUUGCAUGGACUUGCUUGGUGGAAACUCUGCUGCUUUAUGGGCAAAGACAUCAGCCCCUCGGCGAGGAUCCAGUGGGUCACGUAUUGGAAGCCUGAGUAGUUCGUCUGGUGAGAGCCUCUAUUGUGGUACAACAGGCAGGGAACAGUGUCAAGAUCAUCUAUUUAGACCAAUGCUAGGUGGAAGAUUUCCGGUGGCUACAGAACCCCAUAGGGUUGCUCCACCUUUGGGCACUGACGAAUCCGAAUAUGAUUUUGAUUUAGCACUAGAUCUUAGUACACCAACUGCAAUUUGGUCACCCUUUGAACCAAAUGGAGGGCAACUUCAGAGCUUCACUGAAUGUCCAGUCCAGCGGAAGCACAGUUUCAGUGGAACUCCACGGCUUUCACCAACCCUGGCUGAUUCAAGCACUGGACUAGAACAUCCUUUAGCACGUCGUAUACAUAGCGACCCUAUCAGUGGGGUCUCCUGUCUGCUGCCCCAAGGCUCAUUGUCCUCCUUCUCCAGCAGUACUGGCUAUUCCUCGUCUUCCUCGCUGCCUGGGAGCUCCUCUGCUGCAUCAGGUUCUCCGACUGACUCAAGCAGCUCAGAAGGCCAACGCAAGAGUGUGAGGGAUUGUGUAGUGUGCUGUGAAAGUGAGGUAAUUGCUGCCCUCGUGCCAUGUGGACACAAUCUUUUUUGCAUGGAAUGUGCCAUCAGAGUCUGUGAACAGGAAUUACCAGAAUGCCCAGCCUGCCAUGCUCCUGCAAAACAAGCAAUACGUAUCUUCUCCUAGCCUCAGAAAUAGUCAAUAACACUAAAACUAAACAAACAAAAAUAGCAUUGCUGAAACUUAUUGUCUGGAUUUUGUGUGUUAACAUUUUAUAGUUUUUAAGCAAAAUAUUUAGAUUAUUUAACGUAUCAGGAAAGAGAGAGGCAUGCAACAACCCAGAGAGGAUGUGUUGUGGAUGGGAGUUAACUCACAAUUGAAAUAUUUCAGAUGUUUACAAAACAAGUAGACCCCUUCUAAGCUUUUAAUGAUUAUUAUAAGCACCAAAAACAACACAGAUCACAAGUAGUCUAAACAAUAUUCAAUUUUAAAAAAAGAAAAGAAACUAAAAGAGUAAUACGUUUGCACUUUUUAUGCUUUGUGAGGUGAGAAAUCGGGACAUGUUAAAACAAUAUUUUUAAGAUUUUUAACCCAAAGUGUUGGAAAUGUUUGAGUUAGAACUGUUUUAAGUAUAUACCCUGUGCACUGCAGGGAUGAGUUAUGUGAUUCUGAAAAAAAUCCAUAUUACCCGUAAAUAAAUCCACUUACUCUCCUAGGCAUAAGGUUUCAUACUCUCUAUUUAAUGGUUUCUGUAUAUUAAUUUGUAAUAUACUGCAUGCCAAAAUUCACACAAUUUAUAAUGUGUACAAAUCUAAGAAUAUUUGCAUGUUUACAAAAUACAGAAACCUCCCAAAUUUUAGUAAAGUAGGGUUAAAAGAAAAAACUUCUUUAACCCUAAAGUGACCUCAGCAUGGAGAAAACC